AUGAAUCACGAUGAUAGCAACCACCGCGAGCCAUAUGGCGGGGCGGAAACAACCGAGGCCAGUCCUCUGCUUGACGAGGGCAACGAGCGGUCCGGGGCAGAUGCUUAUCGUCGCCGGGUCAUUAUAGUGACCUUUGCCAUGUUCUUUUUCCUAGAGUUUGGUGCCGGUCUAUUCAUACCCGCGCAAACGGCCGCCCUGGAGCAAAAGAUAUGCGACAAAAUAUACUCCAACAUCGACCCGCUUGAUCGCGACUGCAAGGCACCCGACGUGCAGGGUGAACUUGCAGACCUCCAAGGGUGGAGGACCACGUUGGAUUGUGUCCCCAGUUUGGUCGCCACUAUUCCCUAUGGAAUUAUAUCAAAUAAAUGGGGCCGACAUCGAGUCCUAUCGCUGGCAUUCAGCGGAAUUACACUUGGGCUUGCAUUCCAGCUCAUGGUUCUCUAUUUUGAUUUCUUCCCAGUCAAGUUGGUCCUAGUGUCACCCAUGUUCAUGUUCUUGGGUGGUGGGCCUGCAGUGCUCACAGCAAUGUUGUAUACUACGAUAGCAGACAUAACCUCUGUCAGCGCAAGGGCGCCAAUCUUCUUCCAACUUGCUGCUCUAUUCAUCCUGUCAGAAGUGGCUUCUGGACCGCUUGCAGGUCUGGUCCUGCUGAAAAGUGUCUGGGGACUGAUUGCAUUGGCCUCCGUCUUUUACGUGCUAGCUACUGCGACCACUUUUCUCCUUCCAGAUACCCUGCACCUUAGCAAGGCAGCACUGGAUGAAGACAUAGACGACGCAAAUGACGCGGCAGCAAGAACGUCGACCUCGGAUGAUUCCAUUCUACAGGGAUCGAUCCGCCAAGUGCGCGAAGGUGGGAGAGAGAUUCGCUCAUUCCUGAGUGGCCAUGGGCUGGUCAUCAUUUUCAUGUUCUGCUACGUGUUGGUCGCAGUAAGCAAAGUUGUGCAGAUCAUGCUAUUACAGUACGCAACCAAGCGAUACAACUGGAGCUGGAGUAAAGCUUCAUUCCUCCUGACGAUACGGAGUGCUGUCAGCCUUGUAGUGCUGAUAUUGAUUCUUCCCGCCUUGACCCAACUACUGACCACGAGAUUCAAAGUAUCCGUCAUUCGGAGAGACGUGUGGGUCGCUCGCCUGACUGGUCUCGCGGGUGUCCUUGGAGCUCUGUUGAUCGCACUGGCAUCAACACCAGAGAUUUUGAUCUCGGGUCUCACCACGUUUGCCAUUCAUGGUGGCAUGACCGCGGUCCUUCGCAGUCUCUUGAGCAAUAUGGUUGAGCAUCGUUAUCUCGGAACUAUGAACUCGCUGCUCGGCAUACUCGAAAUGCUUGGUUUGAUGGCAGGAGCACCAGCGCUCUUUUCAUCGCUGCGUCGUGGUUUCGAGCUGGGUGGAGACUUGAUCGGACUGCCAUUCAUUUGCGCUGCUGCCAUGAUAGCUCUAUCUACCUGUGUCAUAUGGCUGCUGCCGGUUCGGGAUGGUAAAGAGCAUGAUGAGGUCUGUAAUGAGAAUGGAGCAUAG